AUGGAGCUGCAGAGAUCUAUUUCGGACAACGAGCGCGCGCUCAGGAGCUACGGCGCCGUGUCGGAGACGGCGUGGACCACGGACAAAGGUGAGCGCCGAGCACCGCACGUGUCCAUGGCAGAGAGCACCAUGUCUCCAGAUGAGAUCGAGGUGGAGAUGACUCGUAUCCAGCGCCUGCGGGAGGUCCUGGUGCGCCGGGAGUCCGAGCUGCGCUUCAUGAUGGAUGACGUUCAGCUCUGCAAAGACAUCAUGAGUUUAAAGCAGGAGCUGAGGCUGAUUGUCGCAGUGCCAGAGAAAGAAAAAACAAAGAAGCACCGGCAGCGGGAAGAGGAGCUGAUCCUGAAGAUCCAUAAACUGGUGCAGAAGAGGGAUUUCCUGGUGGAUGACGCCGAAGUGGAGAGAUUAAGGGAGCGAGAGGAGGACAACGAUAUGGCAGAGUUCCUCAGACUGAAGCUGAUUCCUCUGGAGAAGAAGCUCAAAGAGGCACAAAAUCCUCCAAAGCCUAAGAGACAGAUCCUUGAGCUGCCGCCCAACAAACCAUCCAUCACCAAGUCAGGAGUGGCCAUCAUUAAAGACUGCUGCGGAGCCACCCAGUGUGCCGUCAUGUAACCCACAAGAGAUCUCUUCAUAACCCCGUCCAAGCAUCAGAAUAACACACAUGCUUCACAUGACAUGCCAUACAUCACUUCCUGUGACACAGAGAAGCCCAAUGUCUCCCCUGGACUCUGUUCAGGAGUCAGGUUUGUAAUUUUAAUACAGUUUCUGCCACAAAGGGGCAUCCAGAGGUUUGGAAACUUAUCCCAGAUCAGUACUCAAACAGCUUGUGUAAGUGCAGACGGCUUCAGUUGUGUAUGUGGAGCGACGUGGAAAGGGAAAUAUGGCUGUUGUAAAUAAAAAAAGGAAUGACCUUUCUUUAGAGGGUGGUGAUAAGGUCUGUGAUGACAUUUCUGAUACAGUGCAUGUAGGUACACUACAAGCACAGAAUAAAAUUUAAAUCCUGGGUUUCUCUGUGUGACCGGAAACAAUUAUCAUGUUUUCAUUUCAUCAUGUUUGAUAAUGGAUAGUUCUUCUUCUUCUAACCUGAGACAUAAAACUAUACAUUUUCAUCAUUGUUACAAAGUGGGAGGAGCACACGGUUCCUACAACAACAUGGCUGCAGAUUAAGUGAACGUGCAAAUGUAAACCAAUGUGUAAAUGCAGGAGAGUGGUGGAUGCUUUUUGUACUAUAGCUGAUAAAUAUUUUUGCCUCAAUGCUUUGGCUCAAACAGCGGAAAAAUCUCGAAAGACUCAAUUCCGUCCAAACCAUCUCACCAUUGCAAACAAAAUUGUGUUGUCCAAGCAACAUAAUAACGAGACAAUGAACUAAAGAUUAAAAUAACGUGUGGCUAAACUGCGGGUGCAUCACGAUCUUUAUAAGCAAUUCAUCUGCAGCGGUUUUGUGUUCCUCAAUACUCCAACCGCAGGGACGAGUAGGAGCAGGGGUCACAUGAUCAAAACCAAAAGGUAUACAGUGGUGUUAAAGUAGAAUUUUUUUUUUUUUUCCAACCUGGGCCCUAUUUUUGAUAUUAUUAAAUAAUAAAUGAAAUAAAAAUAAAUGGUUAAAAACUUUUGGAAUCGGUCCUGUAAAUUACCUCUCCUGGCAUGAAGGCAGUAGCUACAAUGUAAUCUAGUGGGGCAACUGUGACAAUUCAAGGAAUGUCCAUGUUGUCCAAAAGAGGGACACUUCUCGUUGAGCGAGUUAUGGAUAAUGUUGCCAGACCCUUUUUUUUUUUAAUCCAAAAAUAAAAGUCUGUGCAUAUAAUUGGUUAAAAAUAAGCAUUUUGUGCUCCGUCGCAUUUGCCCCAUACGAUUUCAUUGUAGCCAGCGCUGCUGUUUCACAGCUGCUGGUGGACACUAUCAACAGGACCAAUUCCAAAGGGUUUGGUAAAUACUAUUUACACACCCAUAUUUAUAAACAUAGGGCCCAGAAGGAAAAAUAUCAGAAUUAUCCUUUAAAGAACACAUAUGGAAACAAGCUUGG